GCAACAUUUAGCAUCGGUGAAUCUACGCAACCUGGCAUCAAAGUAUCGUGGCCACCAUUACAAGUCCGCGCUCGCAAAGACCAACGUCGCCCUGAACAAGGAUGCACAUGGGCACCGCGUAGCAAUGUCGAACGUCCGUGUCGAGCGUCGACACCGUUCCACCGACUGACCCUGACGUCAUUACGUCUGCAUCUCGUCAUGUCUGCGUCGCCCCACUGCCCUCUUGAACCCCAGGAAGCCGCACGGGAACUGCAUAUCAUCAACUACAAGCACGACCGGCUACGCUAUGUUCACGACCCGCAGUCAAAUUGCCAUCCUGCGUCUUGCUCCGGCUGUCCGCGCACGACUCUACCAGUCAACACCGCCGCGCUUUCGUCCGUCCGAUGGGCAUGAUCCCUCAUUGUCGCAAGGGCACGCAUCGCUAGGGGGCAAUGAGAGUCCUCAGGACGUACUAAGCAAGAACACAAAGUCGGGAAAGGAUGCAGCUCACACGAGCGGAAAUCCGGUCGAUGCGGCGUCUUCCCACCGACAAUCGCAAGCGCAUAGGGAGGACGUGGGCGCAAACAAGGAGGGAGUAGGCUUCGCGGAGCAAGUCGGCGGCGCGUCCGCCGAGGGCUCAGGUGCGAGCCACAAGGGCGGCGAAGAGGCUAGCGCUCCCGGACUGUGGAGCAAUUUCAAGCAGAAUUUGGGUUUGGGAACCGGACCUGGAUAUCUAAAGCAAAACCAGGACGGUGGUCGCGGUGUGACAGGCAGUGGAACGUCGAGAAAAUUUAGCACCAGCGCCUGCACUUCCAAGGAUGCUCGUUCUUCUCCGGCAUCAUCCGGUUCCGCGUCGAUCAAGGACAACACGGCUGGGGACCAGAACGACCAUCUGAAGCACAAAUCAAUGGACGGAGAAGACGAAGGCAAAGGUAAUGCCGCACCGCAACCAACUCUGCCUAGUCAUCGAACGAACGAAGGGCAACCAUCCAAGAGCGUACCCCAGUACUCUCAGGACAACUACUCAAAACAAAACACAGGCAGCACGCAGCCGUAGUGACUAGUUUCGUUUGACUGGGUCUGCAAUUGCAGCCAUAUCGCCGUGCAUAAGGACCCGCAAGAUCUAUGAAAUCAUCGGUGUGGCUUCGGUAUGACAUGCACGAACAUGACGGCAAG